AUGGCGAUCUACGUUAGCGACGGGCCCUAUUUCGUGCUAGACGGCCUGGUGUUUUUCCUGAUCCUGUUCCUGCUGCUCGGGCUGGCCCACGGGAUGGUGCGGAAGCGGGGCGAGGCCCGCAGCGAGGGCCACCGGUAUGAGAUGCGCCAAAAGAAGGUGUACGGCGACUACUCACUGCGCGACAAGGCGCUGCACCUCUACCGCGGCCAGUGG